AUGGAUUCAUUAUCUGGGAUGAGCGAAGAGCUUGCGGAGAUCGAGGGACAGAUUUCUGAUAUCUUUCGAGCUCUUUCGAAUGGAUUUCAAAAGUUGGAGAAAAUCAAGGACUCCAAUAGGCAGAGCAGGCAAUUGGAAGAGCUCACGGCCAAGAUGCGUGAAUGUAAAAGGCUUAUUAAAGAAUUUGACAGAGAAUCAAAGGAUUUGGAGUAUAAAAAUGAUUCAGGCACAAACAAGAUGCUGAGUGAGAAAAAGCAAUCAAUGAUUAAAGAGUUGAAUUCGUAUGUGGCUCUUAAAAAGCAGUACACGAGCAAUCUUGAUAACAAGAGAGUAGAUCUCUUUGAGGGCCCUGGUGAAGGAUUUGCUGAAGAAAAUGUCUUGCUCACUUCCAAUAUGACAAAUCAGCAGCUAAUGGAUCAGGGAAAUCAGAUGAUGGACGAGACUGAUCAAGCAAUUGAGAGAUCAAAAAAGGUUGUCCACGAGACUAUCGACGUUGGAACAGAGACUGCUGCAGCACUCAAAGCUCAGACUGAACAAAUGAGCAGGAUAGUUAAUGAGCUGGACUCCAUCCAUUUUUCAAUUAAGAAGGCUUCACAGCUGGUCAAGGAAAUUGGUAGGCAGGUUGCAACAGACCGGUGCAUUAUGGCCCUGCUUUUCCUUAUCGUGGUCGGUGUCAUAGCCAUUAUUAUUGUAAAGAUUGUAAACCCAAAUAACAAAGACAUUCGAGACAUACCAGGACUAGCUCCCCCAGCUCCCAGUCGAAAACUACUUUGGAGCCCUAAUGGAGGCAUCUGGCUUUACCAAAAAUAUAUUUUCUGA